UGAGUAUUAUGGUUAGUGUUGAGCUGAAUUUGAGCGCUGAAAUAACGGAGAAGAAGUCUUUGUGAUUGUGUGGAGAAUAUUUCAUGAAAAUCUUCGUCCUUUCAAAAACCAACCGACCUCCAACUUUUUCUGAUAAUCAAUCAUGGCUAUGUGGUCACUUCUUGUUAUUUCACUCUAACAAAAACCAAAAUUUAUUCAUUUUCACCAAAAGGGUUUUCUAUGUUUUUUCAUAAAAAUGUUGCUUUCUAUUCAAUACUUUGUCAGAAUUCAUGUGUUUUUGGAUAAGAUUUGUAAGGAAUAAACUGUUGAAUAUUGAUGGAUGAAUAUUCUGGUAAAAGAGCCGUUGACGGGGUGUUAGUCCCUAGAAAGGGGAUGGGCAGUAUGUUAAAAGAUACUGCCAAUACUCGAGAUCGAAAUGGUCAAGUAUGUAGCCGCCUUGGUUGCAGCAGCAAAGUUAACUCUUCUAAAGGUUCUCAAAUUGGUUCCUCUGAAAAGGGUAAAUCGUUGAGGCCUUCAUUUCGGUUCUCAUCAAAUGGUAAGGAAACAAUUGGCAGCUCCUCUAAAAAUUUCUCCGGGAGUAGUAACACUGGAAAACCUCAUAGAAAGCCUCAGAAAACAUUAUCAUCUCAUGUAGAGACAGAUUCAUCUGAAACUAGUAGCGUACUAGAUGAACCUGAAGUUUCAAAGCUCGUAGCUCCACCUGAAAAAAAUCAGAAGGGACGUCAAGCUGAAGGGGAAAACACGGAGUCUGGUAAUGGCAUGCAGACGGAAGUAGGGAGUUCUAGUUUAGCAUCUAAUACAAGAUCAAGGAGGAAUUUUCAUCCCAAACCUGGAUUACAUAGUCAAGAAAUUCAAAGCACUGGUCCAGGGACACGUGCUGGUACUAGUAGGUAUGGAUUAAGGAACCUCAAAUGCAACUCCAUUUCUGAUGUCAUCCCGGCCGGCUGUACAGCAUCAGAUUCAACCCUUAACAAAAGGAAGGAUGCGAUAAAAAAGAGAAAUUGUGAAGGCGAAAGUAGUUCUACAGCCAAAGGGAAAAAAAUUAACGGGCCCUCGGUAGAAGGACGGAAUUCCGUUUCCAGAAAUGGCAUAUCUAUCUCUGAUUCAAGAGUAUCAAGAAAUACCUCUAAUAGGGACAGACCAGAGAGCAAUAUAACGUCUGUUAGAACACGAAGAUCAAUUGGUGGUCAUGCUAGGGGAAGGCUUUCUGGCCAAGGAAGUGCUAAUCCUGUGGCAUCAAAUCAGGCCCUUAUCAUGGUACCUUCGUUUUCUCAUUCUGGCAAUCUUAAUGCUCCUGGUGCACAACAUCAUAAUUCUCUGGAGGCUCCUUCAAGUCCAAGCUCUUACAGUGGAGCAGGUACUAGCAGUGAGGAGUUAUACGGUGUUAUGCCAGGGUCUCCUGCAGAAUAUGGCCUCACUCAUUCUCUAAUAAACCGGGAUAACUUUCGACGACGCUAUAACAUGGAUGGUAUUGCAGAGGUAUUGUUGGCACUUGAGAGGAUUGAACAAGAUGUCGAGCUAACACACGAGCAAAUUCUUUUGCUGGAAUCCAACUUGUUCCUUACUGGAUUAAACUUCUACGAUCAGCACAGAGAAAUGCGGUUGGACAUUGAUAAUAUGUCAUAUGAGGAACUACUGGCUCUGGAAGAGAGGAUGGGUACUGUGAGCACAGCUGUAACCGAGGAAGAUCUAUCAGAAUGCUUAAAGAGAAGUUCCUUUCAAUCCUCACCCUUAAACAAUGCAUCUAAGUGUUGCAAUGAGAAUAAGGAUGAUAUCAAAUGCAGCAUUUGCCAGGAGGAAUAUGUGGCGGAGGAUGAAGUGGGGAGUCUACUAUGCGAACACAAGUAUCACGCUGUUUGCAUACAGCAGUGGUUACGGCUAAAGAACUGGUGCCCUAUUUGCAAAGCAUCAGUGGCACAGUCAAGUUCAUCGUCGUCCAACUAAUUACAUUGUUAGGCCAGACAAUGGAGAUUGAUUUCUUUCUACCACCUCUUCUUUCUUUUCAUUUUGAUUUUCAUCACAUCUGUACAAAAUAUAUUCUCUUUACCUCUUCUUAUUGGUCUUUUGUACAUAACCAAUAUCUUCAUACCCAUUAUAUCAAAUAAUACAAGCCACUGGCUUGUGAUAGACUUAAACUUC